UAGAAAACAACAAGUGUCUGCAUGUCAGUGUGACACAGAGUUACAGAUAGUUGAGCUUGCAGCAGAUUUUAGUUAGUUUUGUAAUAUUUUCUCUUUUCUAAUCUCUUUGAGCAGCCUAACCACCUGUGGUAACUGGAAAAGCAAAACACUGAGACUUUUGAUUUGAAGUCAUACAGGAUUGGCAAUCAGCAGCCAGGAGAACAUGACGAACCAAUCAGUCUUUGUCCUAAGAAUGGCUUUGCUGCUGCUGCUGGUGUACAGUACAGAUGCAAAAAUAGACAUCAUUACCACUAAGCUGGAUUUUAUAGUGGGAGAAGAGAUCGUUAUGUUGUGUAAAGCUGGGGCAGAUGCAGAGAUAAAGUGGCUGAAGGACGGGGAAGAAAUCGAUGAUGAGGAGAACGUGUCAAAGGUGGACGAAACCUCCUCUAAAUUGUUAAUUCAGAAGGCUACGAUGGAGGACGCGGGCAAGUAUACCUGUGACUGUGAAUACGACAACGGACACAGAGACAACGCUCAGAUACAGCUGUUUGUUUAUGAGGGUCCAUCAUUUGGCCACACCACCACCUACCAUGAGUUUCUGGAGGGCACAGACGGUGUGGUGCCAUGUUUGGUUACCGGUCGGCCAGCGGUAGAUGUUAAGUGGCUCAGAGACAGGGACGAAAUCUCUUCUAAUGAAGGAAGGCGUGUCCGUCAGCUGCCUGAUAACACACUCCGUAUUGAAAAAGUGAGGAGGGAGGAUGCUGGGACAUACGUGUGUCAUGCCCAGAUCAGAGGAAGAUCCAUCUUGCAGGAACUCUCUGUCUCAGUUGUCGUCAAUGCUCCUCCUACUGUGCGUCUGAGAGAAGAGGUGAAAAAAGUGCUGGCCGGACCAGAAACCAAUGUUUCCUUGCUGUGUUUGGUGGACGGUCUACCAAAACCCAACAUCACCUGGACCGUGCCAACAACGAUAGACCCUUCGCAUCAUGUGUUUAACUCAGACCGCAGCGAGCUGACGAUAAGGUCUGUCGCCAGGGCCGACUAUGGAGAGUACGUCUGCACCGCCACCAACAAGAUAGCUGAGAGCAGUGCUACCAUUAUGCUUCAUGUUUUUGAGGCCCCAGAGGUGUUUGUGUCAGCAGAACAGCAGAGUUUAUCAGUGGGCGAACGUGUGUCUGUGUCCUGUAACGUCACUGGCCAUCCCCAGCCUGAGCUACACUGGCUCAACAAGCACAAUGGACAGGCAGUGGAGUCCUCUGGUCGUGUCCAUGUUGUUGAUGGUGAGUUGGUGAUUGAAGAUGUGGUGCCCUCUGAUGGUGGACUGUAUUCCUGCAUGGCGGUCAGCACCUCUGGAAAUGCAUCAAGGGAUGUUGCAAUACACACUCAGCCCAGUCCCCCUAUCUACCUAUCAGUCUCACCUGGGCCAACCUCAGUCCUCUUCUCCCUCAAAACCCUGCCCAUCAGUGGAGGAACACCAAUAACGAGUUUUGUCCUGCAGUGGAGGCAAAGUGCAGCAGAACAAUGGAAGGAGAUCACAGUCCCAGCUUCAGAGCCUCUGGCCAUCACCUCCCUCAAGCCAUACACAUUGUACUCUGUACGUUUGGCUGCCUUGAAUGCAGUGGGAGUGGGACAGUUCUCAGACACAAACACCGUCCGCACCCAGGGAAAACAUGGUGAACCAGAUAGUCCAGUUAUCUCAUCUGAUCAGAUGAAAGUAGAGAGAAACUCGUUCUCUGUCCCACUUAAACAGAUUGAUGAUGGUGGAAAUCCACUGCAGCACUUCAAAAUACGAUACAGACAGGAUAAAGAGGGGGCUGACUGGAAAGAUAUGCAGUUGCCGCCCAAUGCUGACUCUAUCUCCCUUAAAGACCUGUCUUUCAGCUCAAACUAUGAACUGGAAGUCACAUCCGUCAAUACUAAUGGUUCCUCUUUCCCUGCCACAUUCAACUUCACCAUCGCAGAACAGCCCGCGAGCAGCAUGACCAAAGGCACCGUGGUUGGCAUCGUCAUGGUGAUCUUCCUGGUGGCAUUCCUGGUGGUAGACGCCACAUGUUGCUACAGAAAUCACUGCGGCCUGCUCAUGACCAUUGCUGUGAAACUCUUUGGACAGAAAGUCCCAGGCCUCAAAAUGAUUGAAGACGGAGAGGGAGCCACUAAUGGGGAAGUGAAGCUGAAGGGUAUAUCCACUCCGAGAGGCAGCAUACAACAGGCGGGAGUUCAGACGCUCACUAAGGAGGGGCAGCUCACAGAGGUCACCUGCGACAAAGCCUCCCUUACAAGACACGAGAAUAUACAGCCAGAUAUAAACCUUCCCACUGCCAUUGUAUGAGGCCAGACACUGGAGAAAUAACAUAUGACAAGUGCGAUGUAGACGUUUAAACAACAAGAGAAGAUACCAAACAAUCAACUCUCAGAACAGUUGCACUACACUGGACAACUGGGAAAGGUCAAACAUUACUGACAGACCGAAAAACACAGAUGUCACUGAGGUUUGUUCAAACUGGGCUGUUUGAGACCUCUGUGCUGUUGGAGCGAGAGGACAGCGGGCCUGUGUUCAGCCUCUCCUGACUGACAUGAAGACUGACAGAGGCUACAGGCAACAGAUUAUAUCAUUCUAUAGUCUUUGGGUCUUUUUGUUGUUCUGUCUUCUCUGAUUUAGAUGAGUUCAAAGAUAGGAAAGAAAACAAAUCUCUUUCACAGGGUAAUCUUGAUGUCCGUGUUUUACAGGGUAAAAUUGUUGGUGUUAUACAUAAAUCUUAAAAUUGCUUCAUUUUCACAACAAAUGUUUACCAACUGCAUUUUGAAUGUUGUACACAGACACAAGGUCUUAUUUUAUUAUUUUAUUUUAUAGACUGAAUCAUAACAUGGGUAUUCUCUGUACUACAGCAUUGUUUGGCAUUUCAAUAUUUAAAUAUUUGCAUCUGUUAAUGUUUUUCAUAUAUCUUUUUAGUGCAAUUAACUUUUUAUUAACAUUAUACUGUGGCUGAUCUUCUGAUAUGUAAGGCAAAGUUUAAAUUACAUUGUAUUCUGAUAUUGUAUUUUGAACCAUUUAAAGACAUUUCAGCUUAAAGUAAACCUAACUAACCUUAAUGUAAUUAUUAGGCACUGAUAUUUAUUGUUUUUAAACCACACGUGAGAGAUAGUCAUCAUAAGAGGCUUUCAACUUGAAGCCAUUUUUUACUUUGUAGCCAGCUUUACUGAUAAGCACUUUUUUGUAAGAAUAUUUUAUAUGGCCGGCAACUAACACUGGCCACAUAGGGGACCUGUAAUUAAAAUUGUAUUAUGAGAACCUCUUUUAAAGUACAUGUAAUAAUAGGCGACAUGUAUAUUCACCUAACAAAACUGACUAAUGUGGUAAGUUAUUUAGUAUUUAUAGUCAUAUUAUUAGUUACAGUAAUCAAAUAUGUUUAUAUGCACUCUGUUGCAGCUUUAAGUAUGCCAUGUUUGCAAAUUACCCGGCCAUAUUAAUGAAGUGUUUUGAUAUUGUUGUUAAAUUGUACUCAACACUGUACAUUGUUUGUACAUAUACAUGUUGUUACAUCUUUGUGUUUGAUAAAAAA